ACAACAUCACCAUCAUGCCUAAAACAGCCGUUGUUAGCGGUGGAGCCCGUGGUAUCGGGCGAACCCUCGCACGCUACUUCCUCGAAAAGCAGUACCGCGUCUUCAUCCUCGACAUAGACGAGCCAGAACUUACUCACACGACACGCACGCAUCUCAAGUCCUAUUACGAUUCCAAGGCAGUUGACUCUUCCAUCUGCGACUUGCGUAACACAGAUGAGAUUUACGAAAAGAUUCAGCAAGCAGCAAAGUUUCUUGAUGGACAUAUCGACGUUGUCAUCAACAAUGGCGGCAUUGCGUCACCGCAUUGGAAAGAUGGCAAGACUAUGGUUGAUAGAGAUACGUUAAAGGAGUGGCAAGCGUACAUUGAGACGAACCUCACAGCGCCGUUUGUGGUGUCACAGGCUUGUAUCCCGUUCAUGAAGAAUGAGAAGGAUACAGAGCCUGUGACGGAUGAUAGCCACAGCACUGCUGGACCUUGCAUCAUCAACGUGGGAUCGUUCCGCGCAAAACAGAGCGAUCCAAACCAAGAAGGCUAUGCAUCUGCAAAGGCUGGUCUGUUGGGACUCACGCAUAGUAUGGCUGUGAGCCUGCAACCGUUUGGGAUCAGGGUGAACUUGGUGGCGCCAGGUCGUAUCAAGGCAGGUCACGAGUCAAAGGAGGGUGAUGAGAAGGGCGUUGAAUGGGCGCAUUUGAAUGAGGAUAAGGACGUGGAGGAUCAUCUUACGAAUAGAGCUGGAAGACCGUUGGAUAUUGCUCAGGCUGUUGAGUAUAUGGUCAACGCUGGCUUUGUGACGGGUCAGGACCUCGUCGUCGAUGGAGGCGCAGUUAUGAUCAAGUAGUCCAAGUCAUCACGUCACAGUCACGGGAGAAACCAAAGUGUUCGUAAUCAUUCAUAUUCAUAUUAUACUCAUACAGAGCAUUAACGUUAAAGUAUUUCUUUGAGUGGAGUUGCGACUGUUUCAUCAGUCAGGGUAUAAAG